UAGAUUAGUCUUUAACAGAACUCAAAACAAUGUAAAGUAAUUUCUUAGCAUAAAGUAAUCUAGCCUUCUUAUGAUGCAAAACAGUACACCUUUUUUUUUAAUCAAGAAAAGAACCUUUGAGGAGCACAUAUUCUGUCACCAUUUGUAUCAAUCAAGGAGAAAGCUUUUCUUGAAAUGGGGAAAAUAUGGAUUGAAGUCUGCCUGAUUUCCGCCAGGGGAAUCCGAAGAACAUCAUCUUUGUGGAAGCUGCAAUGGUAUGCUGUUGGAUGGAUUGAUCCAAACAACAAGUACUGUUCUAAGAUUGAUUCUUCAGGCAAUGCAAAUCCUGUUUGGAAAACCAAAUUCUCAAUGUUGGUUGACACUUCUGAAUUAGAUGCCCUCCAUGUUGAAGUUUACAGUAGAGAGCCCAUUUUUCUAAGAGAAAAGCUCCUGGGAACAGCUACUGUGAUUUUGAAAGAAUUUCUGGACAAGUACAAUAACAACUCUGAAGUUUCAAAGCCGAUUGAAGAGGUGGGCAGCUUUCAAUUGCGGAGAAAGAACUCGAAUAAACCUCAGGGAUUUGUUGAUGUAUCGAUACGAAUUUCAGAGGAAAGGGAAGAACCAAGUUCACUCCCAGGUGACAAUGAGGGAUUUAAGCUUGCAGAUAACUGCAGUGGCUUCAACUUGGCUAAUGGAUAUAAACCUGCACCAGCAUACCAACAGCCACAAUCCUUGACCCCGUCUAAACUGCAGGGAAACCAACCACAGUCGAAUCACCAAUAUGCACGCCCAGUAACAUAUCCUACAAAUUAUUCCCACCCAUCGGUGGGGGGAACGAGCUACGCACCAACAGCAGGACCGAGCUAUCAGCCACAUCGUGCUCCACCACCACCACCUCCACCUGCUAAUGUUGGUUACAUUCCAACUUUCCUCCCAAGAACAGACAACACGCCGCCUAGUUAUUUCAACAUGCCACAAACUGGAUCAGCAGCAGCACGAAAUGCAAGACCUGGUUUUGGAAUGGGAGUAGGUGCUGGAGCAUUAGCAGCCGGUGCUGUGAUAUUUGGAGAAGAUUUCAUGUCUGGUUUUGAUAUUCCUCGUGGUUUACAGGAUCCCUCUCUCACCAUAUCUCUUGAUCCCCCUUUCUGAAGGUGGAAUAUCAACUAUUGUCUUAUGAUGCAUACAAUGAGAUAUUGUAAAAUUAAU